AUGGCGCUGCUCUGUUCUCUGCGCAAUACCCUUUCAAUCUCUUUUCUCCUUCUCUCCUUUGUUUAUAUAUCGUUGGCGCAGGAUGCAUCCUCAACACGGUCGCCCGUGUCAACGGCAGACGCUCCGUCAGCAACCAGCUCAACUUCACCGAUGAUCGGCUGGACCAUUCCUUUGGUGGGCCUCGAAGAUGACCCAGAGAAGCCAUGGGGUGCGAAUGCUUCUUUUGGUUCUAGCGAUGCUGGCUACCAACUGUUCUCGAUUACCAUCGGCAGCAACACGAGCGCCAACACCAGAGGAGAUUCUUCAGAGCGCAUUGCAGCAUUCCCCUUUGCGGUGAGCGCCAAUCCAGAUGGCAGCACUCCAGAUGGCCGUCGCGUUUUUAUGUCUCCUGGGCAAGACAAUACCAUCCCUCUGGGCCCAAGGUCCGCACUGGGCUUCACGCGAAAAUCUCGACAGGGCGAUGAAGACAUACCUACCGUUCCUUUCUGUAUCAACCUUGGGAGUAAGGGCCGUUGGAAUGGGUCCCUGACUCUGGGAGAGAACUUCUACGAUCGGAAUCGAAUCCUUCGGCAAUUGUCAUUUGACGCGGUUCCUGAUGCAAACCAUGAGCAUAAUGGUACAUUUUUAGCAAGUGGGAGACAGAGAAUCAAUAGCGUCGACAUGGCGAGAUUGGAUUGGGCUGGAGUCAACCGAAACGAAAAGGACAUUGACCCGACAUCCGGAGAUGUGAUUUUGGACUUCAAUAGCGAAUCCAUUACCCUUCCUCAUGGAUCGUGGUGCGGACAAAACGUGUCGUUUACGUUCUUCGGCGUCGCGCUCAACGUGCGCAUCCCCGACUACCUGACCAAGUCCCCUGACCGUUGCAAAGGUGCGGAAAAUCAAAACCUCUCCGAGAACCCUCUCAUUCUCGGAAAGCCUUUCUUCCAAAUGGCAAAUGUUCUCGUCCAGCCAAAUGGCGAUAUGUUCAUAGCAACGGCAAACACAUGGGACCUUCCACCGUUCCCUGAAACCAUUUCAGAACAAGGCUUCAUCGGUUUUCCGGAAGACCCCAAGCCAACGUCGUCAGCGACACCACGCCCGACAUUUGAGCCAUCCGAGGGAGGCGGAAAGAAUAUCGGGGCGAUCGUGGGUGGCACAAUCGGAGGUGUUGCAGGACUCGCCUUGAUUGGAGCUGUCGCCUUUUUCCUCCGCAGGCGACAAAGAGCAAACCAAACUCCAUCCCCUUAUUCUACCAAAGGCGACAUUCCUCUGAACUAA